GAUGGCAUCUUAAAUGGAGACACUCAGUCUCCGUCUGGCCAGUCGAUCCACCAACUCGCGAACAUCCUGGACCAUCUUUUCCGCGUCUCCAGAUACAUAAUUCGCGUACCCCAUAUGUUUGUCGCCUGCAAUUUUCACCGUGGAAUUGCUGGCGCUACAUUUGUUGCCACCUUCACAUGGAAUUUUCGGCGAAAGUGGCUGAAAAAGUGUGGGAAAAUCAGCAGAAUUUAACUUACUUACGCGUGUGAUUAGUCCUGCUUCUUCUAACCACUCAUUUUUUUCCUUUAGAGUUUCUUUUGCAUAAGGAAAAGUCAAAUUUCACUUGAUUUUUUGUCGUGGUUUUUGAGUUGAACUCUCUGUGUGGAAACCUAAGCGACUUCCUGUGACAGAGAUCACGGAGAAAUUUUUUUUUCAAAAAAAAACACACAUAUACAAAAAGUGCGAACCAGCCAACAAUUUUUCUCUGUGUCAAGUGAUUUAUGAGGCAUGUGAAACCAUUUUUUCCCAAGCAAGAAUUUCACUCAAACAUUGCCCAAUAACAAGAGAACAACCAAAAAUUGUGAUUCGAAUUGUCUCAUAUUUCCUGAAGAAUUUUCUCGCAGGGGAAAUUUCUCAUCUCGAAACGUCUUAACACUCAACUCUGAGCCACUGACAGAAAAUAAAUAUUAACUAAACUAAGAAAGAAACAUUAUCCAGUGAGAUCAUCCGGAGAAGUACAAAAAUCAGUGGUGAUUAGGUGCCCCUCAAAAGUUAUACAUAUAUAUUUUUCUACCCUAAAAUAAGAGGCACUCACCUUUUGGAACAAUCUUCACUCGGAUGACAAUCCACCCCCUGGAAAAUGUCUUUCACUUUGAGAUAUUUCAGUGUAAGAAUUUUCCUGCUGACUAAGUGGAAAGCUUCGUGAUGGUGAAAAUGUCGCCGCGACGGAAAAAGUAUAGAUGAUUAUUUAUAUGACAUUCUAAUAUGAGAUUCAGUGCACAAUUGAGAUGUUAAGGCCCAAGAAAUAUGAGUGACAGAAGUGAUUUCUGCAAUGAGACUUUUUAUAGACUCUAAGGAGCAUUAAGUGGCAGAAAAUCAUUCGCAAUUUUGUAAAGGUUUCAUACUUGAGGAAAUUUUCGUUACCAAGGCCAAAGCUCUCGCCAGGAAGUGGAUAUAUCUUGGAUACGUGCAGAACAAUGAGAGAUCACUGAGUUGGCACGCAAUUAAAAUCCAAGUGAUGUGUCAGGUGAAAGUGAAGGUGUAACCGAAUAGUGUUACUAAGGAAGUAGACUCAAGUUUUUUUUAGUGGCUCAGGGUUGAGCCGUUGUGAGAUUAGCUUUAGUAUUGACCGGGCAGGGGCAAGAAAGCACCAAAAAUUGGGGGUGACGACGAUUGGAUCUACUGCGGUGACGAGAGGAGUGUCAAGGACGCAAAAAUGACCAUGAGUACAAAUAAUUGCGAAAGUAUGACAUCAUACUUUGCCAACAGCUACAUGGGCUCAGAAAUGCACGGCCACUAUCCAGCUGGGGGUGUUGGGGAUCUGGAUGGGGGUCAACAGAUGCACCACUACAAUCAGAAUCCCAAUCAGGGCAAUAUGCCCUAUCCCCGCUUCCCGCCCUACGAUCGUAUGGGCUACUAUAACCAAACAAUGGAGCCCGCCGCCUACACGCGAGCUGACAGCCCCUCCAGCCAAUUGGGUGCCAGUGGGAUGCCCCAGCAGCCCAAUGGUACCCCAAUUGGAUCUCAAUCGCAACAACCGCAGCCCCAGCAGCAGCAGCAGCCCGUUGUCUACGCCAGUUGCAAACUGCAGGCAGCUGUUGGGGGCCUCGGAAUGGGCGCCGAGGGGGGAUCACCACCACUCGAGCAAAUGGGCACCCACCAUAUGAACUCGCAAAUGUCGAUAUCCCAUCACAUGGCACAUGCCCAGGGACAGGUCCACCAGAACCCCCAGCACAUGGGUAUGUACACACAAACGGGCGGCGGGCCGCCCGUGGGCCCUCCUCAGGGGAUGAUGCACCAGCAGGGCCCUCAGCUGCAUCAGGGUCAACAGCAGCAAGCGCCCAAUAGUCAGAACACCCAGGCAUCGCUGCCCUCACCCCUCUAUCCCUGGAUGAGGAGUCAAUUCGAACGAAAGCGUGGCAGACAGACGUACACAAGAUACCAAACGCUGGAGCUGGAGAAGGAGUUCCAUUUCAACCGAUACUUGACACGGAGGAGACGGAUCGAGAUCGCCCAUGCCCUCUGCCUCACGGAGCGCCAGAUUAAGAUCUGGUUCCAGAAUCGUCGAAUGAAGUGGAAAAAGGAGAAUAAGACGAAAGGCGAGCCUGGAUCUGGGGACAAUGCCGAUGAAAUUACACCUCCUACAAGUCCACAGUAAAUCCCGCGAAUUUAUUUUUAAAUUUUAAAUUCAAUUUUCAGGUUAAAUGAUUUAUCCUCGGACACUUUGGCAAUAAUUGUGGUGUUUCUUUUGAUCCAAAUGGAAAUUUCCUCUUUAAGUUUCCCCCUCCAGACCACAAAUAAUUCCCGGUGACAAUUUACCAGUAAAUUGGAAUUUAAAUGAGUUUGAUAAGAGUGUCUCAAUGAUUUCUCCUACGCAUCUUGUGCAAAAAAAAUUAUUAAAAUUAAAGUGUUGAAACCUCCUUCGCAAAAAGGAAGCCAAGAAAAGGCAUUGAUGAUGAACUCUGUGGAUCCCGAGAUUUAAAUGAGAAAUUAAAUAAAUAAAAAAAAUAGUAAUGAAAACCAACUCAUGUGACCUCAAAUUAAUUUAAAAGAAAUAUAUUAAUAUUUAAUGAGUAAACGUGUAAGAGUUAGUAAUGAAAUUAAUAUAUUAUGCGUAUAAUUUCGUGUGUAAAAAGUAGACCCCAUUUUACUAAUAAAGAAAAAUCUUUAAGGAAAAAAAAAGAUACAAACACUGGAGAUAAAAAUUCCUAUCAACAUUUGUCGUGAAAGAAAAGCAUGGGUUUUUUUUUUUAAUUACAACAUCAAGAAAAAGUAUUUAUUGUCACACAAAACAAAUGAAAAAUUUUAAAGUUAGAAACGCUAUGCAACGGCGAAUAUGGGUCCAGGGCCUAAGGAUGCUUUUUGUUAAUUGGAUCCUUUCAUUUAUAAAAAUGUUUAUAAUUUUUAUUUCAUUUUGGUUUUGACCCCGUAAUCCAGGCAAUUUUCUUUUGGUAUUUUUUGGUAUGCAAACUACCACAGCUCAUAAUCUACUUAACCGAUUUUAUUCUUUAUACAGGGAGAGUUAAAGGUCUUUAAGCGGGGAACAGUUUUUUAAUAUUUGAAGAAUGUCAGAAGGCACGGAAAACCUGCAAUUUUUCAAUGUAUUUUGAUAUAUGUGAGUACAGCGCCUCUGGUGUUGGUUUUACAAAGUUCUCAAGUUCUAGAGAAUUGUCGGAAAUUCAAAGACCUUUUACCUUUUCUUUAUGAAGAAUCAUAUCAGUUCACCAGAUUCAGAGCAAUUGUACUCCAAAUACCAAAAUUUAGAAAAAACACUUUUGCCUAAAUUACCGGCGCAAAACCGAAUACAAAUCAAAAUUAUAAACAUUUUCGUAAAUACUUGAACCAAUCCAACAAAAAUUAAGUUCAAAAUUGUUGCAUAGUACAAUGGACUCUGAGGAAUUGGAAGCCAAGAGAAAUGAGGAAAAAAAUAGUUAGAGGCCAGUGAUUCAGUGCAAUCAAAUGGAAAAAAGAGCAUAAAAACACAAGAAAAAAAUAAUAAAGUAAUUUUGUGAGACGAAAAGAAAAUUUUAUUAAAAAUAAAAAAUUUACCCAAUAUACGUACAAAAGUGCUGGACAAUUUUUAACUGUACAUAGAGUAUGUGAAAGAAAACCCUAAAGAAAAUUUUAAGAAAAAAAAGUAUUUAGACUUUUAAAUAAAUUAAGAAAAGUAUCGAGAGGAAAAUUUUACUAAUUGUACUCCCAAGAAACAAAAAAAAAGAACACACAAAAAAUAUAUUAUUAAAAGGAAAUUUGCAAAUUAAAAGAAAUGAAACAGAGAACUAAUUUUCAAAAAAAAAGGAUCAUCUUGUAAGAUUUAUUGCUAAAGAUGAAGAGAGAAAAGUAGAAGAAAAGAACCCUUUUAAUUGUAAUUUCAUUGUGAUUCGCAAGUGAAUUCUCAAUUUUGGAUAUGACGUAUACAAAAUUUCAGCGAGGUAAGUGAGAAAAAUUUCUAAAAAAAAAUUAUGUAGAGUAUUUGAAAUAAUUCAAAUUUUAGUAAGACAUUUGAAUUAUUCGUCUUUGACGCCACGGAGUCCCUAAGUACCGAGUUUUUGUAUUUGAUUUGGCUGCAAAAUCAACAAGAAAUUGGACUAUUGCUCUUUUUUUUGGAAAUUUAAGGGAUGUUUUUUGUAAGAGUCCUUGUUUCAAAUUCAGAGAACAUCUAAGAAAACCCCAUUGACACGAAAAAUCUGAAAACUCAAAGAAGGAAUUUUCUAGUUAAAAAAAAUUGCUGAAAGAUCUUUUGAAAAUUCAGUUGAAGAUUAAUUUUUAACAGAAAGUAAUUGGAAACGUAAAAAUAAACGGUAGGCGUUUUUUUUCAAUUUAUGACAGGUGAGAUUCUUAUAGUCAAACUUUUAGAAAUCCGUAGAAAUCGAAUUAUAGUUGUGUCUGGAAAAUUUAUAGAAUUCUCCCAAAAUCGUCUUUGAAUUGUUUAGGGUGUAAUUUUGCCAGUCAUUUUUUCCUAUGCCAUUAAAUGAUCCAUAAUGAAUUUUUUAAUGCCAUUCAAACAACUCUAGAGAGAUUAUUUCUAAAACAAUUUGGACUGAUUUCAAUCGGUUAUGGAUCGGUUAUUUAUUCUUUUCUUUUUUUGAAAAUUUAUUUUAUAUCAUUUGAAAGUAAAGAACCGGAAAAAGUAAAAAAGAAGCAAAACAUGCUAAACACUUGAACUCAAUUCAUACAUUUUUAAAGCAUUUAAACUUUGAAGCUUGUUUAUUCUACUUCAGUGCCCCUAGUGGUGAACAUACAAAGGUGUCAAGAUCCAAAAGCUCUUAGCUUUUCUCUGAUAGGUUUAUUUUCGCUAAUUAUGAUCAUAUUUUGCCAAAUAAAUCUAUUCGAGAAUUUCAAUGUUUCAACUUUGAAGAUUUGGCAAUCGAUUUUGCCAUAAUUUAGCGUUUCUAGCGGUGAUCUCACAAAGUUAUGAUGUUCUUAAAACGUUGAACUUUUCCUAAAGCCGUUUAUUUACGUUUUAAUUGAUCGAAUUCAAACAAUCAGAACUCAAGUCUCUUCGUGGACUUCAAUGCACCAACUUUGAGAAUUUGAACAUCGUUUUUUUUAUUUUUUAGCGCCACCACCGGUGAUACGAUAAAACUGCAAUGUUCUAAAGACAUUUACCAUUUGCCAAAACCAUUUAUUUAUACUAUCGAUCAUUGAAUUCUAACAAUUAGAAUCGAAGUCUCAUCCAUUUGAUUAUUUUUUAAGUGGAAUAUGAGAAUCUCACCUGAUUAUAAACCCGUACAAUGACCCUUAUUAUCAAUUUAUCGAUCUUUCUGCAGGUAUUUUAACAGUGAAUUCCUUCCGAAUAAUGUAGAAACUAAUCUCUGUAUAAAAUAGGCAAGAAAAAGUGAUGUGAAAAUAGUCUGUAAAUUAAGAUUAAAAGAAGAUGAAGAGAAAAGAAACAGUGUAAUUUUUAACUGAUUGAUUCAGAAAGUACACGUCGCAAUAAUACUCUUUUAAUUUGCCCCAUCAUCGUUAUUAUUUGACUCAUAUUCAUUUGUCAUAAACGAGUUAAGAAGCAAAUAGUUUUUAAAUAGCAUUUGACAGUACCCUGAAUCUCUUUUACCCGCAUACCAAAGCCAUAGUUUUCUGUAAUUGAAAAUAAAAAAAAAGUCUUUUUAAAGAAUUAAUUUAAAUAAAUCAACAAAUAGUGGUGUAUUUUUUAUAUAAAACAAAACAUUAAUGUGUGCCCAUAUGUAAGACAUCAAGAGCAAGAAGAAGAGUAUUAGAAAAGAAAAAUAAAUGCCAAUAGUUUCCUUGAAAAGAAAGAUUUUCUAACGAUUUUUUUUUGUUUAAAGUUUGUCAAAUGGAGGUUGAUCUUUGCAAAGUUUUGCCAUUCAUUUGAUGAACUUAUUAAAUGAUAUCCUUUUUAAAUCUUUCUUGUCAAAGUAAUAGAAUUCUCAGAAGUUUAAGAAAAUGUCCUCCCAGAAAUUUUAAGUAUCAUUUCUUCCCUCCAGCCCCUGAAAGAAACCUGACUGACAAAAUUGUUGAUUUGGAGGCAAAAUCGACGAAGAACUGUGGAUGAAAAUUGAACAAAUAUACGUAAAAAUUGAACAACCGCCCCAAAAUGUAUGAUAUUUAGUGACAAAAAAAAUUGUAUUUACCAUUUAAAAGAUAUUCUAAUAAAUUCUAAUUAAAGAAAAACUUUUAACGUGUUAAGAGAAAGCAUUUUUCGAUAUUUAUAUAUAUUUUAAAAACAAUAAAAAAAACACUAAAUUAAGCUGUUUCUGAAAAAAAAAAGUUUGUAAUUUGUUUGUUAAAAUUUGUCAAAAGGAACAAAGGUUUGUCAAAUUGAGAAAUAAUAUCAGUUUGACAAAUUUUAAACAAGAUCCAGUUGGCUGUUUUUCCAAUAUUUUUAAACAUUCUCUUGACAAAUUUUUAAGAAACAAUAUUGCAAAUUUUUCCUUUCAGAAUGGAGUCACUACAAAAUUUUAAAGGUGAUAUUAUCACCUCAAACACUUGUCUCUUUGACCUCUGCAAGAAAAAUGGUAUCUUUGGGAAGUUCUACAGAUAAGAAAUGUCCCAAUGAGACUGUAGAGGAAUAAAAAGGCAAGCAUAAAAAUUGCGUAAAAUUAGACUUUUCCCAUUUUUCAGGCGCAUGACUCAUUUUAUUUUCACCUUAAAAAAAAACAAAAAAAAAGAGUUAGAGGCAAAAAGAAUGGGCACAGAAUGUAUAUUUGUAUUAAAGACGAUGCAAGAGAGUAAUAAAAAAUGAAGAAAAAAAUUUAUAAUAUAUUUAAAUAGAAAGUGAGAAAAGUAAAAAAAAAACAAGCAAACCCUAUAGAUUUUAAGAAUGUAAGAUAACAUUGAUACAGUAAUGUGAAAUUGUGAUUAUUUUUGUUAUAAUGUAACAACUAUUAUUUAAAAAGAAAAAAACAAACAAAAUUGUAACGAAUAACCACGGAAAAAUUCUGCAGGCCACAGGUGAGCGUGAAAUCUUUAAUUUUUCCUUCUUACUGGGAAAAUAUAUGGGACAUUUUUCUACAAAAAAAAAUAGUAAAGAAAAAAAUUGAUAUUAAAAAAAAGAAAAA